AUGCCGUCGUCGAUAGCUCUGUGCGCGCGCACCGCGCGCUUCUUUGGCUCCUCUGCUACUUCCAAGUCCGUCCUCCUCGCCCGUACCUUCGCCUCGUCCAGCCGCCGGUUUGAGAUCAACAAGGUGCUGCCCUCGGCCAGCGAGGCCAUCAAGGACAUGAAGAGCAACAGCACGCUGCUGUGCGGCGGCUUCGGCCUCUGCGGCGUGCCCGACACGCUGAUCAACGAGGUCGAGAAGAACAAGAGCAUCACUGGACUGACGGCUGUGUCGAACAACGCGGGCGUCGUCGGCUCAGGUCUGGGCCUGCUGCUGGCUUCGGGCCAGAUCAAGAAGAUGAUUGCCAGCUACGUGGGCGAGAACAAGGUCUUCGAGCAGAAGUACCUGACGGGCGAGAUUGAGCUGGAGCUGACGCCGCAGGGCACGCUGGCGGAGCGGUGCCGGGCGGGCGGAGCGGGCAUCCCGGCCUUUUACACGCCUGCGGCGUUCGGUACAGUGGUGCAGACGGGCGAGCUGCCGCUGAAGCACAACUCGAACGGCACGGUGGCGCAGUAUAGCCAGCCGCGCGACGUCAAGGUGUUUGACGGCAAGAGCUACGUCAUGGAAGAGGCCAUCAAGGGCGACUACGCCUUCAUCAAGGCAUGGAAGGCCGACAAGCUGGGCAACGUGCAGUUCCGCUUCGCUGCGCAGAACUUCAACGGCGCCAUGGCCCGCAACGCGAAGAUGACCAUCGUCGAGGCCGAACACAUUGUCGAGCCUGGCGAGAUCGAGCCCGCCGCCGUCCACGUGCCGGGCAUCUACGUCAAGCGCGUCAUCCAGGCCACGGCGGACAAGAACAUCGAGAAGGUUGUCAACGCAAAGGACCCGGCCGAGGCCAUGAGCGCGCUGGGCUCGGGCGACGCGCAGAACAAGCGCGAGCGCAUCGUGCGCCGUGCCGCCAAGGAGUUCAAGAACGGCAUGUACGCCAAUCUGGGCAUCGGCAUGCCCAUGCUGGCGCCUAGCUUUGUCGACGCGUCCGUCGAGGUCCAGCUGCAGUCGGAGAACGGUAUCCUGGGCCUGGGACCGUACCCGCAGAAGGGCGCGGAGGACCCGGACUUGAUCAACGCAGGCAAGGAGACGGUCACGCUGCAGAAGGGCGCGGCAACGUUCGGCUCCGACGAGUCCUUUGGCAUGAUCCGAUCCGGCCGCAUCGACCUGACGAUUCUCGGCGCCAUGCAGGUCUCGGCCAGGGGCGACCUCGCCAACUGGAUGCUGCCGGGCAAGAUCAAGGGCUUCGGUGGUGCCAUGGACCUCGUGUCGAACCCGCAGCAGACCAAGGUCGUCGUCACGAUGGAGCACACGGACAAGAAGGGGCGCCCCAAGAUCCUCAAGCAGUGCGAGUUCCCGCUUACGGGCAAGACCUGCGUCAGCCGCAUCAUCACCGACCUGUGCGUGUUUGAUGUUGACUUUGUCGAGGGGCUGACGCUCAUCGAGAUUGCUGAUGGCGUGACGGUUGAUGAGGUCAAGGCGAAGACUGAGGCGCCGUUCAAGGUCGCGGAUGACUUGAAGCCCAUGUUGUAG